AACUGUAUGACUAUUAAGUCAUUAAUUUUCGACAUAAAAAGUGCUUUUAAUUUGAUUUUCAAAUAUAAUUUGAAAAUUUUUCAUUCGCGCGUUGCAGUCGUGUAUUGACAUGACGUCACGAGUCGGUCACGCAUUCAAUAGGUAAAACCAACGAACUCCACAGCAGAAUACAAAACCACCUCUCAAUGUUUUGAUUACUUUAACCUCUUGCCAAGUGUUUAGUUUACAUCGUAUGAAUAUUUGCUUUUUAUUUCUGUAUUAAAAAUAGUUAAUAUAAAAAAUGGAUGUAUCUAAUGCUUCUAAUGGUCUCGACAACAGCAGUUUUGAGAAUGGAGAUUUACAUGAUGCAGAAAUUGAAUUUGAGAGCGAUGAAGAAGAAUUGACAUCUGAUAAGGCUUUACAAGUGCUAGAAAGCGCGUGGCUCAAUGAAAAAUUUGCUCCAGAGCUCUUGCCUCACCAGCAACUAUUGGUCGAGUGCAUGGUACAACAAAUCAAACACAUGGAAGAAAAUGUCCAAAGGCUUACUAAAGGAGAUAUUCGCAUUAACAUUCACACAAUGGAAAUAUGUAGAAUAAGAUUCAUCAUAUCGAGUUACUUGAGAAAAAGAUUGGAUAAAAUUGAAGAAUUUGCCGUACACCUAUUGAAAGAAGAUGCAAGACGAUCUCCCGACGAGAAGUACAUGACAACCGCCGAAGCACAGUUCGCGAGAGACUAUCUCUCGAACAUCGAAAAAUUGUUCGAAACGGUCGCGCUGCAGCACAUGCCACAGAGAUGCGCGAAUUUCGAUCUCGAUGCGAUAUCGACCGAACCGAACCUGAAGAAGCACGUGUUCGCACGAGCCAACAAAGACAUCCCAACCAUCCUGAUCUCCGGAGUCCACGAGAUGGAGGUGAGCUUCGCCAAGGGCUCGCAGCACAUCAUCCAGUACAGCGCUAUCGCUCACCUGGUGAAGGACGGCAGCGUCCAGUUGAUAUAAGCACCUAUUAUUAUUAUAAUCGCCCUCGAUGGGCGCCUGUUGUAUAGAUCGAAUUUCGUAUUGUAAAUACGCGUUAAAUUUGUAAAUUUUUAUAUCGUACUUAAGCUCAUUAAAACUCAUUUUUCUUACAUUUACAA